UCGGUUUUGGUUAGAGCCGAGAAACGUGCCCAUCUCUCCCACCCUUUGGAAGAUGGAAUCUACUCCUCUCGCCACCUCUGUCCCUCCCACUGCCCUCCCCGACGACCUCUACUGCACUCUCCCGGCCUCCGCCGCCUCUGCGGCCGUUCAGCCUAUUCCGACGUCUAUAUUCAGGGAGCUUCCUGAACCUGACGUCCAAAUACUCGCGUCUGGCGGACUCCGAAUCCCGGCGCACUCUGGAAUCCUGGCUUCGAUUUCGCCGGUUCUCGAGCAUGUAAUCGAUCGGCCGCGGAAGAAACGGAACGCUGAGAAAGUGAUUUCGAUCCUUGGAGUUCCGUCGGAUGCCGUCGUUUCGUUUGUUCGGUUCCUUUACAGUUCUAGAUGCGCGACGGAGCAUCUAGAGAAGCACGGAAUUCAUCUGCUGGCUCUGUCACAUGUUUACAUGGUGCCGCAAUUGAAAGCGAUGUGUACGAAAGAUAUCGCUCAACGGCUUACGAUCGAGAGCGUUGUGGACGUUCUGCAACUCGCUAGGCUCUGCAACGCGUCUGAUCUUUACCUUAAGUGUAUGAAAUUCGUGGCUGAUCAUUUUAAAUUCGUUGAGAAAACUGAGGGAUGGAGAUUCAUUCAAGAUCAUGAUCCUUGGCUUGAGCUUGAUAUUCUCCAGUUCAUCGAAGAAACUGAAUCGAGGAAACAGAGAAACAGGCGGAUGAGAAAAGAGAGGAAGCUAUAUCUACAGCUACACGAAGCAAUGGAGUGUUUAGAACACAUAUGUUCAGAAGGCUGCACCAUAGUAGGACCUUACAACGUGGAGCCGAAGAAGGAGAGAGAACCGUGUGCACAUUACUCCACAUGUCACGGUCUUCAGCUUCUGAUCAAACACUUCGCGACGUGUAAGAAGCGAACCAACGGCCAAGGAUGCGGGCGCUGCAAGCGCAUGUGGCAGCUCCUGAAGCUCCACUCCUCCAUCUGCGACCACUCCGACUGCUGCAAAGUCCCUCUCUGCCGGAAAUUCAGGUCGCCGCCCGACGAUACAGAGAAGAUGAAGCGCAAGGACGACGCACAGUGGAAGAUGCUUGUCCGAAAAGUGGUUUCGGCAAAAGCGAUGUCGUCCCUCUCAUUGACGAGUAAGAAGGUGUCGGAUAUGGAGGACGGCAAGGCGCUCGCUAAUCACUGUGGGAUUGGAAGCUUUAGAUUACAGACGGUUCGACGGUACAGAUGAUGGUGAUGUGGUUCUCUGGGAUUGGGGUGGUGAAAGAUGUGAGAUUGUAAAAUUUUUUUAUUUGAUUUUUUCUUUCUUUCUUCUGGAGUAGAUGGGAUUAUAAUAUAAGGCUUGAAUUCAUAGUAAGAAUUGGCUUUUACUUAUUAGAGAUUAAAAAGGGUGUAAGAUUUAUACCUCUUUCUCAAUAUGCAAAUCUUAGAUUUAUUUAUUCU